AUGUCGUCGCGAGUAUAUCCGAAAGUGUGGAGCGAAUUUGAGAGACAGGUUGAAGAUGGUCGUAUAUUGAAAUUUGCGAUCGAAGAUAUUCCAGAGGAUAUGUGGAAAACGGCAGUAGAAUUUAUGUUAGGAAGCUAUAUCAAAGAAGACGUUUGGUGGAUGACAGCAGGUACAGCCGACGACCCAGAGGCAAUACAAGAAUAUCGCGUGCUACUGACGGCAAUCGUUGAGCAGAAAAUGAGUUUAGCUUGCUUUCUCACUGAAGGCGACGGCACGGGCCAUACACUCGUCGGAGUAAACAUGUGCAUGCCCCAGGAAAAAGAUCGCUUUGUUGAACACAAUCCGCCAAAAUCCAAAGCUGGCAUUAUGUCGCUUCGCAUGUUCUCAGAAGCGACCAAGUUUACUGUGAUAUAUGACAAAUACGACGUAAAUACGUAUCUUAUGGGGGCUGGACUUUCUGUGGCACCAGAAUACAGAAGCCUGGGUAUCGCCGUAGAGUUACUGAAAGCCAGGAAAGCGUUGGCAAAGGAACUGGGAUUUCGCGUGACUGGAGGUAUAUUCACAAGUGUUUCAGCUCAAAAAUCAGCUGAAAAAGCAAGCAUGGAAUGUCUAUUUAAGAUAUCUUAUAAGCAAUUUGGAGAGCAAUGCAACAUUGAAUUUAAUUCGGAUACCGAGGAUUUGAAGAUAUAUGGUACUAGUGUUGAAUAA